CUCUUUUUUUUUUACUACAAAUACCAAAUCAUUAUUUUUAAAAACUCUUUUUUUCUUUUUUCUCUUUAAUUAUUCUUAAAAAAAACCCUUCUCUUCAGCGUUCCGCUUAUUUCUCUUUUUUAACCGCCCUUUCCUUUCCUUACUCAAUCCCUACAUAACCUUUUUCUUCUUAGGGACGCUGUUUCAUAAAAAAAUAAUUCAACCUCCAAAACUUAUCAGCACGCACAUCACAAACAACUAAAAACUAUCAAUGCACCUUCAAUCUCUCUCUUUAGCCACACUUGGCCUCCUUUUCCUCAGCACUGGACAAUUUGUCAGUGCUGCCCUUAACACCGUCAAUGACAUUGCUGUUGUUCACGGUGGCGAGGAAUAUUCAGCAUCCUAUCUUGCUGCCUUUGAUGCAGAUGACGCUGAAGAAGUUGAUUUCGACUUGUCUGAAGAAAUCGAUGUCGAAUCCCACAUUUUGACUAAGCGUGCUACUGACUGCUCAAAGUACCAUACUGUCUCUGGUAGCGAUACCUGUGUCAAGAUCGCAAAGAAGUACGGUAUCACCUUAAACAACGUUUAUGACUGGAAUCCUCAAAUCAAGAAUGGCUGUCCUAACCUCAACAACGGUAAGAAGUACUGUGUCAAGAAGAGCUCUUCCAGCGUUAAAAAGUUGGCUGCCAAGAAGAAGACCACUACCAAGAAGAAGACCACCAAAAAGACCACCAAGAAGACUACCAAAAAAUCUACCUCUACCAAGGAAACCCGUAAGAAGUUACAGUCCAAGUCUGCUUUUACUUACUACUGGAUUGCUCAACCCAGUGACUAUAAGGGUGGUAAGGCUGUUACUGUCAGAACCUGUAACGGUGCCUCUAUUGGUUCCGUUCCUGAAAACUAUGCCGAUGCCCUCGUUAUGGAAGGUACUGGUGUUGUUGGCUCCAAGAUUGUUAACCUCGGUGGCUGUACCUGUACUGGAUACAAGUGUUUCGAAUUGGUUGACAAGAAGAGUGAUCCUUAUGGUUUGACCUCUUUCGGUACUGCUCUUAAGCCUUACAUCACAAUUGCCUCCAAUGAUAUCAAGAAGAACACCAAGAUUUACGUCCCUGCUCUCGUCGGCUGGAAGGUUCCUGGUUCCAGCAAGACCCACAAUGGUUGUUUAUUAGUUGAUGAUCAAUCUUGGAGUUUCAAUGGAAAGCACAUUGAUUUCUAUGUUUACUCCAUGGAUAACUACGAGAAAUUGGACAAAGCUCACCGUACUACCAGUGUUGACAUUUACCAAGGUGGUUCUUGUAAGCUCCUCAACUACAUGUAGUUUCUCUUUCUUUUUUCUUUUUUUAUAUAUAUAUAUAAUAAAUAAAUAAAUAAAAAAUAAAUAUGCUACAUUUGUAA